AUGGCCCCCACUAGAGAAGGUGGUUCUGCUCCUAGAUCGAAGGGCAAAGACAAGACCAAGACCAAGAGCGUGCGCCACCUUCUAGCGCCGCCGGCAGCACUGGCAGCGGCAUCGUCACCAGCAGCAACGACUUCUCUAGCAGCAGGACCAAGGAGUAAAAGGCCUUCAUCUCAAAGUAUUAGCUCUAGUGGAACUUGUGAAAGUCCAGCUACAGCAGUAUCAGUAGCAGUAUCAGUGAUGGGUUCUUCUACUCCAAAUGUUGACACCAGUUGCAGUGGUAGUGGCGUUGCCGCACCAGCAACAACCACAACUUCAGUGACCACAACUCCAAUUAAUAGGUUCAAGAAAUGCACAUCGUUUGUCUGGAAGUAUUUCACCAAGAAAAAGGAGGUUUCAGAGGUGGAGGGAAAGCAGUUUGAGCAGCUGUGGGGAUACCGCAAUUUCGCUAACUGCAAUCAGAGGUACAGAGCUGAGGGCGUAUGUGGGACGACUGCAUUCAAGAACCAUUUGAAGUCAAAGCACAAUAUUGUGGAAGGACAACAACUGCUUAAAGUUGGAACAAUCAGCAAGGUCAAAUCACUUGUACUAGCUGUGAAAGGGUCUCCAUUGCAGUGGGAAGAGCUUAUGAUGUGUGCCACUGAAGCUGGGUUGGAUACAAAGAGGGGUAUCUCGAUGGAUGUUUCAACCAGGUGGAAUUCUACCUACCUAAUGCUGAGAGAUGCCUGUGGAGAUGCUAUAAUUAGAGAUAUGGCAAUUGCUAUGAAUGACAAAUUUGAUAAAUAUUGGCAGCAGUCCAACAUUGCUCUAGCUGUAGCCUGUUUUCUUGAUCCUAGGUAUAAGAAAAGGCUGAUAGAGUACUACAUGAAGAAGUUCUAUGGUGAUCAUUAUCAAGUUGAACUUGAUGAGUUUGUUAUUGUGGUAAAGAAAUUGUACAACUUUUAUGUUAAUUCUGCUCCUGCAUCAUCAAAGAAAAAUAGUAAAGGGGUUGCACCUGGACCUAGUAACACAAUUGAUAUAUUAAUGGCAAGUGUAGACCAUGACCUAGAAAAAUUCUUAUAUGAUGCAAGUGAACCUGCUAUGGUUGAGUCAAAAGAGUUGGAGAGGAAUAUUGUAGAACCACUUCUGAAAAUUGUUGGUGAGUUUGACAUCUUAGCAUGGUGGAAAAACAAGAGAGAACAAUAUCCUAUCCUUUCGCAAAUUGUUCGGGAUGUAAUGGUCAUACAAGUAUCAACAGUAGCAUCCGAGUCUGCUUUUAGUGCUGCUGGUCGUGUUGUUGAUCCCUAUCGUAGUCGUUUUGAUCCUGAGAUGGUAUAUGCAUUAAUUUGCACAAAGGACUGGGUUGCUACAGCAAGAAAAGAUUCUAAAAUGGUUGGAUCAAUUGUGACUGAUCUUGAGGUUGAGGCUUUGGCUAAUGUUGUGGCUAAACUGAAAAUUGAGGAAAAGGACAAGGAGGGGGAUGAGGACAAUGAGGAAGCAAAAGACAUGGAAAGUGAUCCUGACCUCAUGGAUGAUGCUGAUGAACUGUAG